GCGUCGGAGUUCGUGCGCUUCGCCGCGGUGUUCCCGCUGAAGGACUUGGGGUUCGUGCCGGACCCGGGCGGGUACCUGGCGGCCGUGGGCUGGGUGGAGGUGACCGCGGGGCUGCUGCUGGCACUGGGGCCCCAACUGCUGCAGGAGAUCAGCAACUUCAUCCUCAGCGUGGUCAUGAUCGGUGCCAUCUACACGCUGCUGGCGCUGCGGGAGCCGCUGGCCAUGUGUGCCCCUGCCACUGUCUGCCUCGGCCUCCUCCUGCUGCUCAACAUCCGCGGGUACCCGACCACCCCCCGGCCCAAGUUCCAGUGA